GAGGGAAGAGGCUGGGAUAGGUGGCUCCCCUCCCCCGCCUUCGCUGUGGUAAAGAAGGGGUUCAGGGGGGGCGAACAGGAAGCAAGCCCGGUCUUAAAGAAUUGGGGAAGGGGAAAGGCCUCCCUUCUGUGGAAGCCAGGGACGGCGGAGCCCUGAUUUGCUGCUGCUGCUGCUGCUUCACGGAAACGCCAAGAAGCUUUUUCUUUCAGCCUCGCUGUCUAGUUUGGAGUUCUUUUCUUUCGGGCGUGUGUGCGCCAGGCAAGGGGGGGGAUGGAUCCUUAACAUUUCAGAUUUCAAUCUGAGACUGAAAACACGUAAUGGGACAAUACGCCGUUAAAAUUCCUUGUGAAGAAGACGACGCCUUGUUAUUUUUAAACGUUAAGUGACUGAAAAUAACUCCUAAAAAAAGAGAACAUUAUACUAGAGACGUUUGGAUUUUUGCGUGUGUUUUUCUUAAACCUCAGCCUUUAAACCUCCUGUCCCUGUCUGCCUUUUGGGGCCAUUGAAGACGCUGCUUCUUCUACAUGACAAUCGAUUUUUUUGUCUUCACCCCUGGAUAUGAUUCAUCUGAAACCUGAGUGGUGCUUUGAUAUGGUGAAGACGCGUGGGAAAUAAUCUGAGUUUUCGGUAUUAUAAUAACGAAUGCCUGCUUGGAAAAAGAAAUAUGCAUAUUAGUUCGAGAACCAAAACUCCUAUCUCCAGAUUGAAGCGAACAAGGGGGAGCCAAGCCCUAAAACAUGGAGACAGAUUCAUGUAAUGGAGUAAAGGUUCAGGCAGCUCCUCUCAUCUGCCAUUUGCCCUUUCAGACUGGAUUGUAAACUAAGAGGUUAAGACUCUUUGGAGACAGGAGAUUUCCUCCUGUCGCUAUUUUGUUUAAUUAUACACAUCAGUCAUCCUUCUGGGUUUCUCCAAAUAUGACUGCCUUGCUGCAGCACCUUUUGCUGGUGCUCCUCUUCUCCAGUGCCACCUUACUACUCAGCACUGCGGCUGCUGCCCAGAGUGAAGAGACAACAUGUGCUUUCAAGGACCCGUUCCAAAAUGAUUAUGGGAUUAGUGAAAGUCGCAUUUCUCAAGAGAAUGGUACAGUUUUGUGUCUGAAAGGCAACACCUGUUACGGUCUCUGGGAGAAAACGCGAGAAGGGGAGAUACAUCUUGUGAAACAAGGAUGUUGGUCUCAUAUAGGAGACCCCCAAGAGUGUCAUUCUGAGGAGUGCAUAGUAACAGCCAUCCCUUCCUUGGUGCAGAAUGGGACAUAUCGUUUCUGCUGCUGCAGUACCAACCUGUGCAAUGUCAACUUCACAGAAAACAUCCCACCACCAGAUCCUACUGAUGCAAUGCCAUUCAAUUCGUCUCAUUCACUUCAUCGAGAUGAAACAAUUGUCAUUGCUCUGGCAUCAGUGUCUGUACUGGCUGUUUUGGUAAUUGCUCUUUUCUUUGGAUACAGGAUGCUUGCAGGGGACCGUAAACAAGGUCUGCAUAGUAUAAACAUGAUGGAAGCAGCAGCAUCAGAACCUUCAUUAGAUCUAGAUAAUCUGAAGCUCUUGGAGCUGAUUGGUCGAGGGCGAUACGGAGCGGUAUACAAAGGUUCCUUAGAUGAGCGCCCAGUCGCUGUAAAAGUAUUUUCUUACACUAAUCGUCAAAACUUUAUCAAUGAGAGAAAUAUCUACAGAAUCCCGCUGAUGGAUCAGGCCAACAUUGCCCACUUCAUUGUGGGAGAUGAGAGAUUCACCACCGAUGGACGGAUGGAAUAUUUAUUAGUGAUGGAAUAUUAUCCUAAUGGUUCUUUGUGCAGGUAUUUGAGCCUUCAUGCUAGUGACUGGGUGAGCUCUUGUCGUUUGACACACUCUAUAACUAGAGGCCUGGCAUAUCUUCACACAGAAUUAUAUCAAGGAGCAGAUCGCUACAAGCCUGCCAUCUCCCAUCGUGAUUUGAAUAGCCGCAAUGUAUUGGUGAAGAAUGAUGGAACAUGUGUCAUCAGUGAUUUUGGUCUCUCCAUGAAACUAACAGGAAAUAGAUUGGUGCGCCCAGGUGAGGAGGACAACGCUGCAAUUAGCGAGGUUGGUACAAUCCGCUACAUGGCCCCUGAAGUGUUGGAAGGAGCAGUGAACCUGAGGGACUGCGAGUCAGCUCUGAAGCAAGUGGAUAUGUAUGCCCUAGGUCUAAUCUACUGGGAGAUUUUUAUGAGAUGCACAGACCUGUUCCCAGGAGAAUCAGUGCCAGAGUUCCAGACGGCUUUCCAAACAGAAGUUGGAAACCACCCCACUUUUGAAGAUAUGCAAGUCCUUGUUUCAAGGGAAAAGCAACGACCAAAAUUCCCAGAGGCCUGGAAAGAGAACAGCUUGGCUGUGAGGUCGCUAAAAGAGACAAUCGAAGACUGUUGGGAUCAGGAUGCUGAAGCUCGGCUGACAGCCCAGUGUGCUGAAGAGAGGAUGGCUGAACUCAUGAUGAUUUGGGAGAGGAAUAAAUCUGUCAGCCCAACAGUCAACCCCAUGUCUACAGCUAUGCAGAAUGAGCGAAAUCUGUCACACCAUCGGCGUGUGCCAAAGAUCCGGCCAUAUCAAGAUUACUCUUCCUCAUCUUACAUUGAGGACUCCAUUCACCACACUGACAGUAUAGUGAAGAAUAUUUCCUCUGAGCUUUCGAUGUCAAGCACACCCCUGGCGCUUGGGGAGAAGAACAGAAACUCCAUUAACUAUGAGCGGCAGCAAGCACAAGCUCGUAUUCCUAGCCCUGAGACUAGCGUCACAAGCUUGUCAACAAACACAACCGCCACCAACACGACAGGGCUCACUCCAAGCACUGGCAUGGCCACCAUAUCCGAGAUGCCUUACUCAGGUGAAACAAACCUCGGCGCUGCAAAUGGCCUGCAGCUGCUUGGGCCAACUCCUGUUUGCCUGCAGCUAACAGAGGAGGACUUGGAGACCAACAAGCUGGAUCCCAAGGAAGUCGACAAGAACCUAAAGGAAAGCUCUGAUGAGAACCUGAUGGAGCAUUCCCUGAAACAGUUCAGUGGGCCAGACCCGCUCAGCAGCACUAGCUCCAGCUUGUUGUACCCACUGAUAAAAUUGGCAGUAGAAGCAACAGGGCAACAGGACUUCACACAAGCUGGAAAUGGUCAAGCAUGUCUACUUCCAGAUGUUCCACCUGCUCAGGUCUACCCUCUUCCCAAGCAGCAGAACCUCCCCAAAAGGCCUACUAGCCUACCCUUAAGCACCAAAAACUCAACAAAAGAGCCUCGGCUGAAAUUUGGAGGGAAGCACAAAUCAAACUUGAAGCAAGUAGAAACUGGAGUUGCUAAGAUGAACACUAUCAAUGCUGCAGAACCUCACGUGGUGACGGUCACCACGAAUGAAAUGGCAGGGAGGAGCCACGCAUUAAACUCUCAUGCUGUACCAACCCAGUAUGCCAAUGGUACAGUGCCAUCUGGCCAAGCAGCCGGCUCAGGGACACACAGGGCCCAGGAAAUGCUGCAAAACCAGUUCAGUGGAGAGGACAGUCGUCUGAAUAUCAACUCAAGCCCUGAUGAGCACGAGCCCUUAUUGAGAAGGGAGCAGCAAGUGAGCCAUGACGAGGGCGUCCUCGACCGUCUGGUUGACAGGAGAGAACGUUCCCUGGAUAAUGGCCGAACAAACGCCAACAACAACAACAACAGUAACCCAUGUCCAGGGCAAGGUGUUUCGACCCUUGGCAACCAGAGGACGGCAUCAAAUUCUGGACAGACCCAGACUAGAAGAGCACAGAGGCCUAACUCACUGGAUCUGUCAGCAACAAAUAUUUUGGAUGGCUGUAGCAUGCAGUUGAGUGAGUCAUCCCUAGAUGGCAAACCUGGCUCAGGAGAAAAGAUCAAGAAGCGUGUGAAAACACCGUAUUCCCUUAAGCGGUGGCGCCCUUCCACGUGGGUCAUCUCUACAGAACCGCUGGACUGUGAGAUCAAUAACAAUGGCAGCGAUCGGGUGGUUAGUUCUAAGUCCAGCACAGCUGUUUACCUUGUAGAAGGAGGCACCGCCACGACGAUGGUGUCUAAGGAUACAGGAGUGAACUGUCUGUGAAUUGUUUAAAAGCUGACAAAAAUGACAUUUUUGCAUUCUGUUAAACAAACAUGCAGAAGACAUUUUUUUAAAAAAACUGCUUUCUCCUGUCAGCAUCCCUUACCAAGGACUUGCUUUAAAUAGAUUUCAGCUAUGCAGACAAUUUUUUAGCUUAUGCUUCCAUAUUUUUAAUUUUGUUCUUCUUCUUUUUUUUUUUAACAUUUUUGCACUUUUUAUUUAGUAUUGCAAAAUUACAUCUGUCUGUCCUUGACCACAGAAUUAUAUAUAUGUGUAUCAAAUGCUGUGGUCUCAAAAUAUUUUUUUUAAAAAACAAAAACGAAAAAACGUAUUGCUGAUAAUCAGUUUGGACCGGUUUCUAAAGGUCACUAAACACAUAAGCCCAUUGGCUACAGUGGUGUCUGCUAUUCAUGUUUUGGGUUCUGUGCACAAGCUCAUUUGUAUGUUUCUGUGUGACAGUGUAUCAUUUUUUUUGAACCCCUCCUAUUUUUCAAUUGUGUUAUGUUGAAAUGUGCAAUAGUCUGUAGUUCACAGUUUGUGUUUCCAACCCCUACUACACAUUCUCCCUUUUGGAAUUAAAAGGUGUUGGGAUUUUUUAAUCUAAUAAUUUGGCAGCCUGUGCUUUCCAACUGUGAACUCCUCACAGCAUCAUCAGCUUGAAGCAGCUGUUGUAUCUAUCAGUACGUGUGCUCUAAGGUCACAGUUAAUGCAUGAUUUUCCCUGACUUGAAAGGGCUU